ACUUCAAUCUUGAUAUUUCUUCUGAUUGAUUAAGUCUAUAUUUAAGUGUUGGAAAUAUACUCAGAAAAAUGACGUCUGUGUUAGUUGUAGGUGCUGGCGUUAUUGGGCUUACAUCAGCGCUGGAGCUAUUGAAUGCUGGGUACAAAGUUACCAUUAUUGCUGAUCAUUUUAAUGAAGCGCCGAAGACUUACAUGACGUCAGAAGUUGCAGGAGCAUUAUGGGAAUGGCCACCUGCAGUGUGUGGAAGACACACAAAUGAGUCGUCCCUCAAAAGUUCGAAACGUUGGUGCAUGGUGUCAUAUUGGAAGUUCAUCCAACUCGCAUCCGAAGAAAGAGGUACAGGGAUUUACCCCCGUAAGGCCGUCUUCUAUCAGCGUCAGAAGGUGGAGGAAAAUGCGGAUGAGCAUUGUAAGAUGCAGGAGCUAAGUUUCUUGCCCGGCUUCUGUCAUGAUAGCCAACUUAUUGACGAGUUUAAUGUAAACCGUAAUUACGGAGUGAAAGACGCCUACUCUCACAUCUCACCCGUAGUAGAUACAACGCAAAUGAUGAAAUGGUUAUACAAACAGUGUAAAGACCAUGGAGCCACCUUCUUUAAGCGUCGUGUGAACGGUAGCUUAUUGGAUCAGGUUGAUACACUUCUGGUUGAGUAUGACGUAGAUUUCAUUGUCAACUGCGCAGGUCUUGGUGCGCGCGAAACCGCAGACGAUAAAGGUGUUUACCCACUAAGAGGUAUGCUAUUGAAAGUUGCUAAUGAUGGAUCCAAAAUGCCGAAACUAAACAGCGCCCUCGUGAUGCCUUUAAAUGAAGAGUUUAUGGCGAAAGAUCAGCGCAUCGUGUUUAUUCUUCCAAGAGGUGAAAAUGAUCUCUUAAUUGGUGGAUUGGUGGAGGCUGGACAAAGCGAGACCGAAGGAAUCACUUUCAACCAUCCUCAAAUUCAACGAAUGCUAAAGAAUUGUCAAGACUUUUUCCCAGCAUUGAAAGCGUACCAGGAGAGUGAUGUUAAAGAGAUAAUAGUCGGUCUAAGACCUUUCCGCGAGAAUAAUAUCCGCGUGGAAAUGGAACCGAAGUGCCGUAAGAUCAUCCACAACUACGGGCACGGUGGGUCGGGCUGGUCACUAAGCUGGGGCUGCGCGGCUGACGUCACCAACUUAAUCCAACACGAAGUGCAAUCAAAGCUGUGGUCAUCUAGGAUGAUGCUCUUCUCGAAAUUGUAAAUUAUAUCUAUAUUACAUACACUCUUAUUUAUUAUUAAAUAUAUAAUAUAUAGAUAUAAACACCUCUCGAAUAAAUGCCCCCUCCAUAGCCUCAUUUGGGAAUAAACAAUGAACGCAGUAAUCAAUUUUUCUUUCUUUUUUUCUUUCAUUUCGUAAUGUUUGGCCUUCGGCCCGUAGUACAAAACAAUAUCAAUAUUAUUAAUUUCUUUUAGACUAUCAUUUCUUUAACUAAAACAUUUUUCAAUAUAUAUUGCAAGCAAUCUUAAUUCUUUUUUCAUUUCUAAAUACAUGGUUUAAAUAUGUGUAUAUAUUUUGAUUUUUAAUAUUAAUGUAUUUAUCUCUAAGAUUAUUAUAUAUUAUAUAAAGGGCAGCUAUUAAAAAAAAAGUGUAAUGCAUCCCCUAUUUCUCCAAUAUCACAUGCUAAGCAGAUUGUAUUUUCUUUAACAAUAUUUCGAUGUCUUCCAUUCUCUAUAAAUAAAUUGUGUUGACAAACGGAAUCUCGAUAAAAGUGUCCUUAACUUAAAAUUGAAAUUCAAAUAUAUACAGUAAAUAAUCAAAAGUUGAAGUUGUGUUUGAUAUUAGAUUGUAUCCUCCCUUAUGUAUUCAUACAGGGGAAGGAGUAUUUUUUAAUUGGCAGCAUGGUGUCAAUUAGAAAGCAAUAAAGUACUUGGUUGCAAAUGAUUUAUUGAACAUUUUGAUUUAUGUACAUUUUCAAAAGUUUUUUUUUUUGAAAUAUGUUAAAAUAUAUAUCAAUAUGAGUUAGUCUUUUUGCCGAGCUUAUGUAUUUAAAAAUUGUACAUAGUCUUUUGCAAAAGCAAGCAAAUUUACUCAGUGAUAGUAGACAUAAAAUAUAAUACGGUAUUAUCAUAAAUUUAUUGAAAAUGCUAAAACAUGCUGAAUAAGACAAAAUAUACAGAUAGUAAGUGGAAGUGUAGAUAAAAAAAAAACAAAUGUUCUAUCCAACAUAUUCUUAAAGGUUUUGAACUUAUAUUCCGGUUUUUUUUAAUCAAAUCUGUCAAUGUAGAGUGGAACAAUAGAAUUAUAGAAGGCGGUUUGUUGUCUUCAAUUAUGUUUAAUUUAUUUUAGUAGACUUUGUCUAUGUGCCAAUGGGCUCUCGAAUAUGGUGUUAUUGCAAAUUCAAGUGCUAAUGUUUCUUGUUUUUGCUGAUGAAUUACUACUAGUAUAACAACUAUCCGCCUGCGAAAGCUAUUUGACUUCGAUAAUGAAUAUCAAAUGUAUCUUGCCAGCAAAAUCACCAUUAUUUUGAAGAUGGGGCUAUGGGGUUUUUAAUGAGUUCCUGUUCCUUAUGUUUGGUUUUAAAAUUUUAAUGUCUAUGUAUUAUAUUUCAAUUUUGAUGUCUAUGUAUUAUAUUUAACGUUUUUCCUCUAAUUUUGGAGGUAGUUUAAAUAAAUAGUAAAUGUAAAUAUUGGAAAUUUUGUAAUUUUAGUUUACAUAAUUAUCAAUAGUAAUGUAAUGUUUGUGAUCCAGAAUUUCUAAAUUAGGGGGAGGGAAAAAAUGGGGUAAGGGAGCGCGACUGGCAAUCGAGAACUUAUGUUCCGAAGUAGGCGGAAUUAUGUUCGAAAGAGGAAUGCUUUGGCUUAAUUACUGUGAGGGUCCUGGGUCUUUAGAGGCUUAGCCAUUUAAAUUUCAAACUUGGCUAAUGAUAUUUGUUUGGCCGCUCCUGGGGGUGGGGAGGGGUCGAGGGCCCGUUUUGUCACCUUUGGAUCCGCCACAAACGGUGGCCUGAGUUAAGCCUAUUUAUGCCUUGUGUUUUAUUGUAAUGGAAUGCCUAAAUACAUUUUAUCAGGUAUCCAAAUAAGCAUUUCUGUUAUUUUAAAUGUAUGUGAGCAAUAAAGAAGUAUUUAAUUGAA